UGUUUCAGAUGGUGACAUGUUUGACUUCAUCAUAGUGGGUGCGGGAUCGGCGGGUUGCGUGGUGGCAAACCGGCUCACCGAGGUCGCGCACUGGAACGUCCUGCUGAUCGAGGCAGGAGACGACCCACCGGUUGAGGCUACAAUACCCGGCUUCUUUCCCUUCGUUGACUACUCCAUGUCAGAUUGGAACUACUACACGCAGAACGAUGGCUAUUCCUGCCAGGCUCACAGGACUAAGAACAUCCAUCUAACACGAGGAAAAAUGCUCGGCGGGUCCAGUGGCGCCAACUAUAUGUACUACGUCAGAGGAAAUAAAGAGGACUACGACUCCUGGGCUCUCCACAACCCGGGCUGGGACUGGGAUAACGUCACGUACUAUUUUAUGAAAAGCGAAAGACUUAACGAUCUCCAAAUAAUGACUAGCGAGACCGCAUCCCUACAUCGCACCGAUGGUUACCUGGGCAUAACUCGUCCAAUAUGGGACAAAAGAUCCAGAAAAUACUUUGAAGCAUUCAGGGAAAAUGGACAUGAUAUCCUGACAGAUACUAAUGGUUUCCAGCAGUUGGGAUAUUCGCCAGCACAAUACACUAUCGACGAAGGUAUACGACAAAGCACGGCAGUAGCCUUUUUAAGGCCUAUCAAACACAGACCCAACUUGUACGUUCUGAGGAACACGUUAGCAAGGAAAAUACUUUUUAAUAAAAGUAAAAGAGCUGUUGGCGUUGAAGUGAAAUUGCAGAAUAAAAAAAUCAUUAAGCUUAAGGCGUUGAAAGAAGUAAUUUUAUCAGCUGGAGCGAUUAACUCCCCUCAUUUGCUGAUGGUGUCAGGUGUUGGACCAAAAGAUCACUUAGCAGAGAAAGGCAUAAAUAUUAUAUUAGACUCUCCUAAUGUAGGUCAAAACUUGCAAGAUCAUGCUUCGAUUCUUGUCGUUCUGACUGGUCAAAAAGGCUUAAAAACUGUAGUUCAAAAUGUAGAAGUCUUAACAAACUUAAAUAAAUUUCCGACGCCUGCAAUAAUUGGCCAUGUGGCUUUAAAUAAAUCUCAGUUAUUCCCAGAUUAUCAAACGACCGUGUUCCCAUUUCCAGCUGCUACUGUAAUGUCAACAAUAAUAUGCUCCGUCGUCUUUGGAUUAACCAACGACAUUUGUACAUCUGUAGCGCUUGCGGGUCAAACACAAGAGACUUUGUUUUCAAUAGUUAAUAUGCUUCAUCCUGAAUCCAGAGGUAACAUAACACUGAAGAGCAGCAACCCCGAAGAAUAUCCUCAAAUCAACUUGGGCUACUACUCUAAUGAAAGAGAUUUAGAUAAACACGCUCGCUACAUGGAAGAUUAUGUGAGCGUCAUCAACACAACAUAUUUUCAUUCAGUCGGCUCUGAGAUUGUAAAAUUGAAUAUUACAAAUUGUAGAAAUUUGGUUUUUAGUAGCCAUGAGUACUGGAAAUGUUAUGUGUUGAAUAUAGCUUCUUCCCAGUGGCACCCUGUUGGCACGUGUGCCAUGGGCCCCGACGGGGUGUUGGACGAACGACUCAGAGUAAGAGGGUUAGAUGCCUUGAGAGUAGUAGAUGCGAGUGUAAUGCCCACCAUCACCAGCGGGAACACAAAUGCACCAACAAUCAUGAUUGCAGAAAAGGCCAGCGAUAUUAUAAAAAGCGAAUAUGGAAUAAUAAGUGAUCAAUCGUAGGAACAUUAAUUUCGA